GGCGCUCUUGUUUCUCGACUACGUAGACAAAAUGUGGAAUCAUUACCUGGCUAACAGUCUACGUAGGAUCAACGUUGGUUGCAGGUAGAAAAGUGUAGUGGCAAGGAUACCACUGAACAGUUAUUGAUAAAGAGAAUGUCCGCUUUAAAGAACUCUGGAGCGCGUUAGCAUAGAUGAGAUGAUUUAUUGUCGCAGCAACUGUGAAUAAACGUGGCACGACUCUGAAGACAGCUGACCGUCGUUUUAUUCAAUUGAAAAAGGGAAAAAGAGGCAAAAUGGUGUUUCGGUGGCGACGAAAUCACGCAGAGACGAUCUAUUUGGAUUUACGCAUCAAGCGGGAUGCGUUACGUGAAGGCAAGGGAAUAAUAUUCGAAAAUAUACUGACGCCAGCCGAUAUGAAUGAGUCAAUGUACUACGAUUUCGUCAAAACAAGCAUUAAAAAUCACCACAUGGUCAGUUUGUGUAUCCUCCUCGAGGCGCGACUGGAUCAAAAUCCCACUUGUCUUGCGCAGAUACUGUGGACGGUCAUUCGCAAUAAGGACAUCGAGAUCGCAUCGAUGUUGGUGAAGGCAGGUGCCGACGUGAACCAGCCAGACAUUGUCAAUUCAAUUCGUAGCACUUUUUUACAAGAGAUCGCUUGCCGCAGGGCCAACGUCAGACUUGUCCCGUUGUUGAUGGAAUACGGUGCCGACGUAACGGCUCUGGAUGCACUUGGUCACUGUGCUUUGCAAUACGCAAUGAGAGCUCACAAUCUUGACAUUAUUCCGGUUCUAUUGGAUUACGGUGCCGUGCUCGAUCAGCGCAAAUUCGACUUUUUGGCUAAUAAUACAAAUGAGAACUCGGAGGAGUUGGCGAUAUUUCUCGUUAGUGGCGAUCACGUGGAAACAUUAAACUGCAGACGCCAACUAGUGACCAUGGCCGUCAAAGCACUUCUCACUGUCAACAUUUAUGAUCCAUUUAAAUUAUCUUUGUUAAGCGCCAUGCUGAAUCUUCGAAUUCCACAGGAGACUGUUAUCUUGAAGUAUCUGGUGCAUGCGACAGGCGAUGUAGUGACAUGGUUUUAUAAUCAUCCACGCAUUCACACUUGUACGAAGAUGAUGUUUUUACACUGUUCAAUAGGUAGGAUAGGCAGUCGUGACAAAGUGCAAAUGCUCAUUGAAUUGGGUGCAAAUGUUAAUCUCCCCGUGGAAAUGGGAAUCAAUCAAUUGAAGAUAGGUAUGCGUCCGCUCCACAUCGCUUGCUUAUUGCUUUCGUAUCGAGACAUACAGGCACUAAUAGAAGCGGGCGCUGACGUAAAUGCGCUCGAUGCAGAUGGUCGAACGCCAUUCUCGUAUGUGCCCCAUAAUUUCGUAUGCUGGGAAUUUAUGAUCAGGCAUUUUGUGUUUAUGAUUUUGAAUGGUUAUGCAGUCAAUAAUACAGACAUACUACGUAUUCAUUCUGAACCCCUACUGUACGAAAUCUACAGUGACUGUAGAUGCGAUCUACAAAACAUGAUGCGAGAUAUGUAUUGCAAUGGGACUUCAAUGUUUUCAGCGUUAGCGAUGAACCAUAAAGAGCUGGCAUUAUUGUUAAGUUCGCUAGAAAAUUUCCAGAGGUUCUAUACGAACUUACAAAGAUAUUCUAUAUAUCGAGGAUAUUUUCAUCGUAAAAUCAAGGAAGUACGGAAAUGGAAUGAGAUCAUGUUGCCGAGAAUGGAAACUCUCUUUAGCAUAUUACAUCGUGUUGUGUCUGACACUCCAAUGAAGAUGAUAAUAUAUUAUGUAUAUUGCAGCGAAUGUUAGAUUAGAAUUUCGGCUUCUUCAUCAUGUACACUAUCUUAUUUUUGUUUCGUUACAGCUUUUAGUCAGACAUGCAUUCGCUAAGUAAUCACUUGUCUCCUUGUAUUUAUUCAAUCAAUAAAAAUUGCUACUCUACA